CACUCAACGGCAAAACGCCAGUGGCAAUUUCGCAAAUUUACCACGUAUUCCCACACCAUAAAUUCCAAAAUCAAACCAAAUCUAAGCCUUCUCUAUGCUACGUUCUCGGUCUCCGCUCUUGAGCCGUCUGCAGCCGGCGAGAAUCUCGGGCAUCUUCUUUUUCCGGUACAUAAGCUUCUCGAAGAAAUCGUUAAUGACGGCGCCACCGAUCCUUUCGCUUGCUUUGCCCUCGGAGACUGGACGAGUUCUCAGCAUUCAGUCUCAUACUGUGCAGGGAUAUGUUGGCAAUAAAUCGGCUGUCUUUCCCCUCCAGCUACUGGGCUAUGAUGUCGAUCCAAUCAAUUCAGUACAGUUCUCAAAUCACACAGGCAAGCUGCUUAUACUUCACUCAAACAGUCUCAGAACUCUGAAGCCUGAAAUAUGUCAACUUGAAUAUCUUGCAGGAUACCCAACUUUUAAGGGCCAAGUUUUGAAUGGACAGCAACUAGGAGAUUUAAUAGCAGGCCUGGAAGAGAAUAACUUAUUAUACUAUACCCAUUUGUUAACAGGUUAUAUUGGUUCUGUUUCUUUUUUGAACGCGGUAUUAGAAGUUGUCCAUAAACUCCGUUCUGUUAAUCCAAAGCUGACAUAUGUUUGUGAUCCUGUGAUGGGUGAUGACGGAAAGCUCUAUGUCCCAACAGAGUUAGUGGCAAUCUACCGUGAGAAGGUUGUUCCAGUUGCUUCAAUGUUGACUCCUAAUCAGUUUGAGGCAGAACUACUAACUGGGUUCAGAAGCUGUAUGCUCCAGGAAGCAAGACAUGUUAUGAGCUGUGGGAGGAUUGUGGCUGAAAAAGAUGGUAGGGAAGCUUGCAACAUUCUUCAUGCUUCUGGACCUUCAAAGGUUGUCAUAACAAGCAUAAACAUGGAAGGGAAUCUUCUCCUCAUUGGCAGUCAUCAGAAAGAAAAGGGUCAUUCUCCUGACCAAUUCAAGAUUGUGAUGCCCAAAAUUCCUGCAUAUUUCACGGGAACAGGAGAUCUAAUGACUGCACUUUUACUUGGAUGGAGCAAUGUAAUGCUUCUAAAUUCUAUUAAAUAUCCUGACAAUCUUGACAAAGCAGCAGAGCUUGCAGUAUCAAGCUUGCAGGCGCUUCUGCAGAGGACAUUGGCUGACUAUGUAAAAGCUGGAUUUGCUCCACAGUCAAGCAGCUUGGAGAUUCGAUUGGUUCAGAGCCAGGAUGACAUUCGCCACCCAGAAGUUAAAUACAAGGCUGAGCGAUACACCUGAAUGGGUGAUUUGCAUUGGAACAAUAACAAUAAUCAUAUUUAGCUGAUACAAUCUGAACAUGCCUAUGCUUGUAUUUUAUGGACUAGACUAUGAUAUAAUGAAAUAAAAAUAGUGUUUCAAUGUUUUAAUGUUUAA